AUGGAGUCCAACCUGCAGGGGACGUUCCUGCUGAACAACACGCCACUGGCUCAGUUCUCGGAGAUGAAGGCCCCCGUGUGCCAGUACUCGGUGCAGAACUCCUUCUACAAGCUCAGCCCUCCGGGGCUGGGCCCCCAGCUGGCUGCCGGGACCCCCCACGGGAUCACAGACAUCCUGAGCAGGCCCGUGGCCACGCCGAACAGCAGCCUCCUCUCCAGCUACCCCCACGUGGCAGGCUUUGGUGGACUCGGCUCCCAGGCGGUCUACUAUGGACCCCAGGUGGGGAAUUUUCCCAAGGCUGGCAAUGAGUACCCGCCCCGGACCCGGAACUGCUGGGCGGACACGGGCCAGGACUGGCGAGGCGGGCGGCAAUGCGGCAACACCCCAGAUCCCCUGAGCGACAGCAUCCACAAGAAAAAGCACACCCGGCCCACCUUCACGGGACACCAGAUCUUUGCCCUGGAGAAGACCUUUGAGCAGACCAAGUACUUGGCUGGCCCUGAGAGGGCACGGCUGGCAUACUCGCUGGGGAUGACUGAGUCACAGGUCAAGGUGUGGUUCCAGAACCGAAGGACCAAGUGGCGAAAGAAGAGCGCCCUGGAGCCGUCGUCCUCCACGCCCCGGGCCCCGGGCGGCGCGGGCGCGGGCGCGGGCGGGGAGCGCGCGGCCUCGGAGAACGAGGACGACGAGUACAACAAGCCGCUGGACCCCGACUCGGACGACGAGAAGAUCCGCCUGCUACUCCGCAAGCACCGCGCCGCCUUCUCGGUGCUCAGCCUGGGCGCGCACAGCGUCUGA